AUGAAAUUCACCGUGGAAGGGGUGGAACACGAAUUGCCAUCAUCACAGGAGAAAGAGUACGGCGACGCCUUCAGAGCGGCAUGCGAUGCGAUGGGACGAGCAUUGGAAAUCAUCCGCUCACCUGGUUUCUCUGACCGCUCCAAAUGGAAGGUUGAUUGCAGCAAUGAGCAUAUAACAGUACAUUACAAGGAUAUUGACGGACUUCGUUAUUUUGCUGCAAAGACCAUAAUUGCUGUGCCGGCAUCUGUUCUCUUCAAAUCACACUGGAAUGAUCUCGACAAAGUCAACGAGUACAACGAUAACGUAAAAUUCAGCCGGUGUUUACAUAAGCUCACGGACAACAUCGAUGUUGCCAAUUACGCGUCAAAUGAGAAGUUCAUGGUGAAAAGUCGUGAGUUUGUUGUCGCCAGAAUGCACGUGAAGGUCGGCAACGGUAUCGUUCUUGCCGCUAGAUCAUGCGACAUUGACGGCUUCACGCCGGCCAAAGACGCUGUGAGAGGAUUUGUUCAUGUGGGAGCCGGUUGGUAUUAUCCGAAUCCUGAGGAUCCGGAAAACUCUUCAAUUUAUGACUACAUUAUGUGUAUGGAUUUGAAGGGAAUGAUAAUAAAAACGGUUGCUAAUCAGGCGCUUGGGAAGUUGGUUCUUAGUGACGUGGAGAAUAACCGGACAUUCGCUCACAAACUUGCCAUGCAGUAUUCAUAG